AUGUUUCUGAAGAUGAAUUAGCGUUAAAUGUCGAAUCUAUGUAAGUUGAAUCUAAUCAAUAAUCAUAAUAAAUUAAAACUCAAAUACAAUAAGGUACUUUAGACCUAAAUUUACCUGACUCCCAAAUUCAUAAUACUACUAAAGAAUAAGUUACUAAAUAUUAAUAAAAAUAAAACAAAAUUCAAAAAAAACUCUAAGAUGUCUCAGAUUUAAAUCAACUUUCUGAUGAACUUCUUAAAGAUAUUUGUAAAUUACAUAAUGAAAAAAGUCAGAUUAUGGCUAUUUAAUAAAUUCAAAAUGCUUAUCAAUCAAUUGCAGAAGUUGAUUAAAACGAUGAAUAAUAAAUUCAAUAAUAAUCAAUAUAAAUAGAGUAGAAAAAACCUGUUAAUUAAGAAUAAGAAAAAAAUGAAGAUUCAAGACCAGGGAAUGAUGAGUCUUUUUUUCAUUUUAUUAUGUAUUUAAAUCUUAUUUAAUGUAGGGCAAAGAUAUCAAAGUAUUUGAAUAAUAGAAAAUUAAGUUUAUCUGACUUAAUCAACGUACCUUAAUAGGAAAAAGAAAUCAUUUAAAUUUCUCAUCCAUUAAAAUGUGAUUUAUAACAAGAGGCAGAAGGACAAAGAAGUAGAAAAUAAUCUUUUACUUUUUAUAACGAUUAAGAUGAAGAAAAUGAAGCUCGUUAUUAGAAUCUUAAGAAAACAAAAAAGGAUUGAGAC